CCUCAGCUACUUAAAGCAGCAUAGACAAUCAUUUUUGAAGCUGUGAAGUUUAGAUCUAUGGCUGAGUCUUUGGUUCAAACAACUCCAAAUUCCCUUUCCACUUGCCUCAUAAGGAGCGGUUUGGAGUCAUUCCUCAUCACUUGAGGAGUUGAAGCAACUCAAGUUCCUUAGCAAGAGCAGCAUACAUACCGUGCAUGUCUCAGCUUUCAGGAAAUAUUGCAUUGAUAGUAUAGAAGCAAACCAGUUUGUUAGACGUGAAAGCAAGGUGAGGGCAAAAAGAUGUUUCAGCAUCAACCUCAUCAAGGCCACAAUAACCUCCUUUCUCCUAGGACGACAUUUCCUUCAGAAAGGCAAUUGUUUCUGCAAAGAGGAAAUACUGCAGGAGAGCCAGGACUGGUUCUUUCAACUGAUGCCAAGCCUAGACUUAAAUGGAACCCUGAGCUCCAUGAGAGAUUUGUGGAGGCGGUGAAUCAACUUGGUGGAGCAGACAAGGCUACUCCAAAAACAAUCAUGAGACUCAUGGGCAUUCCAGGAUUAACUUUGUACCACCUAAAAAGUCAUCUUCAGAAAUACAGGCUUGGUAAAAACCUCCUGGCUCAAACAAAUACUGGAAGUACCAAGAAUGUUAUUGGAUGUACACUAGCAGCAGAGAAAACAUCAGAGGGCAAUGGAUCAUCAAUGAACAUCGCAGCCCCGACAAAUAAUUUCAGAACCAUGCAGAUUAAUGAAGCACUCCAAAUGCAAAUUGAAGUACAAAGACAAUUACAUGAACAACUUGAGGUGCAAAGACACUUACAACUCCAAAUAGAGGCACAGGGAAAGUAUUUGCAGUCAGUGCUAGAGAAGGCCCAAGAGACUCUUGGGAAGCAGAACUUGGGCUCCGCAGGGCUAGAAGUUGCCAAAUUCCAACUCUCCGAACUGGUCUCUAAAGUCUCAGGUGAAUGCUUCAGCGACCCAUUUCCAGGUCUGGAAGAAAAUCCUCGCCUGCAUAUGUUUCAACUAAACCCAGCUCAACUUGCUGAUUGUUCAGUAGAUAGUUGCUUGACAUCGUCUGAGGGAUCACAAAAGGAGCAAGAUACACAUGCUGCCAUUAUGGGAUUAAGAGUCUCUCAUCAAGAUUUUCCUUUAUACGUGAAACAAUUCGGAGAGCACACCAGGCUUGAACAGACACAAAAUGCAUGGCAUGGUGAUUUGAGUAAGCAGACGACUUUUACUUCAUCAAUUUUAAGAGAUUCACAAAGGGCAUCUUUCCCAAUCCAGAGGGACCUAAACAUUAUACAAGCCAGUGUUAAGCCUCAAAGAGAAAUUAGGGACAGUGGAACUGUUCCUGAGGCACGAAAGAAGGACAGAGAUGAUGAAGACAUGUUUCUUGAACACACAAGCAGCAAGAGAGCAGCAGUCAAACAGGAGAGUCGAAAGCAAACAGACGGGUUUGAACUGCCAUGUCUUACAACAGACCUAGAACUGAAAAUCCAUGAAGGCAGUGAAGGUGCUUCAAGUUGUAAAAAAUUUGACCUGAAUGGCUUCAGUUGGAACUGAUAUCUUAAACACAAUGCCCAUCAAAGAGAAAGAUCCAAAGGAGUUGAUUUGUGAAAAUCAACAGAAUCAGUCAAUUCAGAAGAUAGAUUUUAGAGAACGAACUGAGGAUGCUUGUAAUGAAUGAAUUCUAAAAAGAGAACAUGUCAAAUGUUCGUAAUUGGCACCAUGGCGAUGUAAUAAGCAGCAUUAUCAGCAUAGUGUUUGACUGGUAGGUUAGAAAUUGCAAUCCACUGGUGACUCAUGUUAUAAAAUUGGUUCUGCUUGAGAAGAGCAAAGA